UCUCAAAUUGUUUGAGGUUAAGUAGAAAUUUCUUAUCAAGGUGUAAGUUCUUAAAGGUCUUCUAAAAUGGCAUUGGAUCUUUUUCGUCCCCUAAGAAACUUAUAUAAAAUCGUCAAACAAAAUGGAGGAGUUACAGGAUCAUUAUACAAACUUUUCAGACAAGACGAACUCAAAUGGGGUGAACUAGUUGGUGAGGACAAGUUUGGAAAUAAGUACUACAAGAACGACUAUUACUUCUAUGGUCGUAAUCGAUGGGUGGAGUACAACGAUAAAGUAUGGUUGGACUACGAUGGAAGUCAAGUUUGUCCUGAGUGGUAUGGAUGGCUCCACUACAAAACAGAUUAUCUUCCUCAUGAGGAUCCUGGCAGACCCGUUUACCCAUGGAUGCAGGAUCAUACACAGAACUUAUCUGGAACCAGACAGCAGUAUAUUCCCUACACAACAACUAAGCCAAAAAUCGAGGCUUGGGUCCCACCAAGCAAGAAGUAGAAGGACUGCAGCCUUUCUUUCGCUCGCUUGUUACUGUAAAUAUGUUGUUUCUCUUCUUAGAAAUUCUUCGCAAUUCUGUGGAUGUAAUUAAAAAAUAAAUGUGUCCUUAGUUGUUAACAAG